UGCUUAAAAGUGAAGAGCAUAGUAAACUACAAGACUACGUGGAGCCACAGAUUAAUUUAUUAAAGAACCGGAACAAAACAAUCGGCAAUUCGGUGGACAAUUUUAGUUCGUUCGGGGUGUGAAAUUUCAUGUGAUCUGGCAAGGUGUUUUCCUUGCAGUUCGCUUGCAAUAAGAACUAAUUGAUAAUUCCAAAGCGAAAACUCAAAUAAACGAAUGAACCUAAUUUUUGUAAUCUCAACGAAAUAAAAGUUUGUGUUAUUAAAAUUAAAAUUAAAAUAACUGUGAAAAUGGUGAAUAAUAACAACACUUCGAAAGCCAGUGGCAGCGGCGCCAAUGGCCAUGUGCCCAACGGACAAUUGGCAACUGCGAGCGCGCCGCCGGUGUCCUUUCUCAGCAACGUUUGGAGCUGGGCGGAUGCCAUAUGGGACUUCCUAUGGUUCAUUAUAUGCUCAAUCGGCUAUAUUAUCCAGGACCUCUACUACAUUGCCUUGGGUUACCCCGAAAAGGAAUUGAACACAGAUAUCGCAUUAAUAACAGGCGGUGGAAAUGGACUCGGUCGAUUGCUAGCGCAACGCUUGGGCAAAAUGGGCACCAAAGUGGUCAUUUGGGACAUAAGUAAAGAAGGUAUCAAGGAGACCAUCGAAAUGGUCGAAGCGGAGGGCGGCUACUGCAAGGGCUAUGUUGUCGACAUUUCCAAAAAGGAGGAAGUGUACAAGGCAGCAGAAGUCAUCAGAAAUGAAAUUGGCGAUGUAUCUUUGUUGAUCAACAAUGCUGGUGUUGUGUCUGGUCGUCUUCUCUUGGAUACGCCUGAUCACCUUAUUGAGCGUUCGUUCAAUGUUAAUGUCAUGGCGCAUUUCUGGACUACCAAAGCAUUCCUACCCAAAAUGAUCGAGCAUCAACGCGGACACAUUGCCACCAUUGCUUCUCUUGCCGGUCACGUGGGCAUUACCAAACUGGUCGACUAUUGUGCUAGCAAAUUUGCGGCGGUUGGCUUUGACGAAGCAUUGCGUUUGGAAUUGGACGUGCUUGGUCACAGCAAUAUUCAGACCACCUGCAUUUGCCCGUUCUUCAUUCAGGCAACCGGCAUGUUUGACGAUGUUAACGCCAGAUGGGUGCCCACAUUGAACCCCAACGCUGUAGCUGAUCGCAUUAUAGUGGCGAUAAAGAAGAACGAAAAGAUCACAAUCAUACCCGGUUACAUACGUCUGCUGCUCACACUUAAAUGGACCUUCCCUUGGGGCUGUGUGGGCGGUCUGCUGCGUCGUCUUGUGCCAGAUGCGGCGCCACACGGUGUCGCUCAGAAGCCAUUACCCACAGACGUUUCCACUAAACAACAGCAACAACAUGAGCAGAGCGUCAAAGUCGCCGCCGCUGCCAGCAAAGUCGCCCACACCAGCUUAAUCACGAAGCACAACACCGAUCUGUGCACGGAUUUCAGCGAUACGCUGCCGAAGACCGCCUCGUUGCUGGUGCAACGUACACCGUCGCUGGGCGAGCGUGUUCUCUGAGAUUCGCUGCUGCAAUUCGCCUUGAACUUAUUAAGCGGCUUUGGCAUUUCGUUCUAGGAUCAGUGCGCGACAGCUGGCGCACUCGUCUAGUGAUAUUACGUUUACUUAGUAUUAUGUUAUUAAUUUGUAAUUAGUUUAGAUUCUAACGGCUUAGGUUACGGUUACGAGUAUAAAUGUAAGGCGCUAUGAACAAUAACUUUUAAGGUACGGAAGAAAGCAUUGAUCCACAAAAUAUACACUUAUAUGUAUUGAUGCUAGUGGAUCCGGCCACGCAUUGCUGUGGUAUACAUUUUAUACUAUUAUUCAUAUAAUAAACUAUUCAAUACAGAGAAAAUAUUAUUUACGAACAAAGGCGAACAUGUUUUUGUCGGUAUAAGAAUCCAAGGGAUUGUACUUGAGGUUCAAUUUUGCAUAGGUUCAUACAGAUUAUUGUCACUGAAAAAAUAACAAAUUUAAGGUUUAGUUUCAAUGUCUGUUUAGCAGCAACUGUCAGUUAAGUAUUGGUUAAAAAAAAGGUUAAUUACCGAAAGAAGGAAAAAGAAGGGAAAGUUUUCCAGAACUUUACUGACAAAUGGCUGCCAACCAGACAUUGAGAAAACGCACCUAAAUAUUUGUCAUUUUACUCAAAAUUAAAAUUACAGUUGAACUUCCCUGACUCGAUCAUCAUAAUCCCCAAAAAAACUUCGAGUUAGAGAGACUUCAAAUUAUAACAAGAAAUUUGUAUGAAAUUUGACUUCUUUGCCAAUUCAAAGGUUCGAGAUAUGGAGAACUCCCAGUUCAAGAAGUUCGACUAAUGGAAGUUCAACUGUAGUAUAUUUUUUAAAGUGAUAAAUGCAUUCGUUUAUAUAAUGGAAUCUCUCAUAAACAGACAAUGACGAACCAGCCUUUCUGUUCAGUUAAUGGAGUUGUCCGCUUAAUAUAUUGAACUUAAGAAACAUGAACAAAUUGUGCGACCGGCACGGUUAAUGGAGUUGUUCGCUUAAUAGAGCGUCCAUUUAAUAAACUUUUCACUGUAUUUUUUUCAUUUCUGAAAUGUUUUGACUAUCCUAUCUUCUAAGUUGGUUCAAACUGGACACAGUGUGCUAAAUUUUGCUGAAAUCGGUUCAGUAGUUUAGGAGUUAACCCCGGACAAAAUGUGACACAUAUUUUUUAAUAUAAUAUAUGUAUAUGAAUAUACUCGUAGAUAGGUAUGUAUAUAUACAUAUGCAAAUGUAGAUAUAUGUAUAUUUAGCGUUCAAAAGUGUAAUAUAGCCGAAACAAUCAAUCGAAUAAUUAAAUAAAUUUACUCUGAAGCUUU